AUGGGUUGCGGAGCAUCCUCGCCAAUGCCAAUAGGCAAUCUACCCAACGAACGUUCAUCAUUAUUACCAACAUCAUCUACUACAUUAAAUCAACAAUUAGAUUUAAAUCAAAAUCCAAAACGAGAUCGUAGUCGAAUCGUAGUACCUUUAGAUGAACUUGUUCAAAAUUUUCUUCUUGUAUGGUUGGAUGAAAAAUUCGAUGAAUCAGUAGAUGAUUAUGGUCAUUCAAUCAAACAGCUACGACGUACCGUUAAUAAGAUUGAAACAUUCUGCGAAACUGAUGAAUGCAUCGAGUAUAUACUACAACUUCAAAACCAAAAAAUACUUCUUAUUAUUUCUGGUGCACUAUGUGAAACUGUUGUGCCACGCGUUCAUAAUAUGACACAACUCUAUUCAAUUUAUGUAUUCUGUCAAAAAAAAGAAAAAUAUGAAGAAUGGGCAAAAGACUGGCCCAAAGUGAAAGGUGUUUUCACUGAAAUUAUUCCAAUUUGUGAUGCAGUUCGACAAUCUGCUCGACAAUGUGACGAAGAUUCUGUCCCAAUCGGUUCUGAAAUCGAACCCUCAUUCAUGUAUACACAACUUUUCAAAGAAAUUAUUCUCACAAUCGAUUUUCAUAAAACGAAAGAAGUGAAAGAUUUAGUCGAAUAUGCCCGUAAACACCCGGACUAUGUCGAAAAUAAUGAACAGUUGGAAUUUAUCAAUAAAUUUGGUGAAGAAAACAUGGGCGAGUACUCGAAAGCACUUUCAUAUUACGAAAAAGACCUGGAGAUCAGUCUGAAAGCUCUCCCUCCGAAUCAUCCCAACUUGGCUGCUUCCUACAACAACAUCGGUAUGGUGUAUGAUAACAUGGGCGAGUACUCGAAAGCACUUUCAUCGUAUGAACGAUCACUUGAAAUCCAAAAAAUAGCUCUCCCUCCGAAUCAUCCCGACUUGGCUUCUUCCUACAACAACAUCGGUAUGGUGUAUUAUAACACGGGCGAGUACUCGAAAGCACUUUCAUCGUACGAACGAUCACUUGAAAUCAAAAAAAUAGCUCUCCCUCCGAAUCAUCCCUCCUUAGCUGAUACUUACGAAAACAUUGGUCUCGUUCAUGAAGACAUGGGUGACUACACAAAAUCACUAUCGUUUCUACAAAGAGCAUGUAAUAUACGUGAAAAGUCUCUUCCACCACAGCAUCCUAAGAUUACGAAGUCACAAAAUAACAUUGACAAUGUAAAAAAGAAAAUGUAA